CCUGCCUUCGGUGCGCGCUGGGGCCGGAAGGGGCUUCUGGAUUUCGAUCCCUCCCCUUUUCCCUCUGGGUCCCGGAGCACUCGCGCUCUCAGACCCUCCUCCUCCCAGGUACAGGCCGGGAGAGGAGGACACAUCUCUGCGCCCGGCAUCCCACCAUGGGCAACACCUCCAAUGACUCCCGGUCCGAGGACUGCGAGACUCGACAGUGGCUCCCCUCGGGCGAAAGCCCAGCCAUCAGCUCCGUGAUGUUCACGGUCGGGGUGCUGGGGAACCUCAUCGCACUGGCGCUGCUGGCGCGCCGCUGGCGGGGGGAUGCGGGGCGCAGCGCCUGCCUGGGGAACUCCAUCUCCUUGUUCCACGUGCUGGUAACCGAGCUGGUGUUCACCGACCUGCUCGGCACCUGCCUCAUCAGCCCCGUGGUGCUGGCUUCAUACGCGCGGAAUCAGACCCUGAUAGCCCUGGCGCCGGAGAGCCACGCGUGCACCUACUUCGCCUUCGCCAUGACCUUCUUCAGCCUGGCCACGAUGCUCAUGCUCUUCGCCAUGGCCCUGGAGCGCUACCUAGCCAUCGGGCACCCCUACUUCUACCAGCGCCACAUCAAGCGCCGCCGCGGCCUGGCCGUGCUGCCCGCCAUCUACACGGUGUCCCUGGUCUUCUGCUCUCUGCCGCUGUUGAACUACGGGGAGUUCGUCCAGUACUGCCCCGGGACGUGGUGCUUCAUCCGGCACGGGCGCACCGCGUACCUGCAGCUUUACGCCACCCUGCUGCUGCUCUUCAUCCUCGCGGUGCUCGCCUGCAACUUCAGCGUCAUCCUCAACCUCAUCCGCAUGCACCGCCGGGGCAAGAGAAGCCGCUGGGGACCCUCCACGUGCAGCGGCCAGGGCGGCCCUGCGACCCGCAGGAGAGGGGAAAGAAUCUCUAUGGCGGAGGAGACAGACCACCUCAUUCUCCUCGCUAUUAUGACCAUCACCUUCGCUGUCUGCUCCUUGCCUUUCACGAUUUUUGCAUAUAUGAAUGAAACCUCUUCCCGAAAAGAAAAGUGGGACCUCCAAGCGCUUAGAUUUUUAUCAAUUAAUUCAAUAAUUGACCCUUGGGUCUUUGUCAUCCUGAGGCCCUCUAUUCUGAGACUAAUGCGUUCAGUCCUCUGUUGUCGGGUUUCAUUAAGAACACAAGAUGCAACAGAAACUUCCUGUUCUACACGGUCAAAUGCCAGUAAAUAGACUGACCUUUGUGGACAAUGGCUAAGAAGUACUUAGUUAGCCAGCAUCUGGAAGAUCCUUUUGAAAUGGCUUCUUGGAGAAAUGAAAAAGUAGUUUAUAAACAAAAUGAAGCUACCCUAAUAAAGUAGAGGAAACCGACAUUUGAGCAGUGGUUUAGGCUACAGACGUGCUGACAAGCACUUCCUGGAAGGUGUCAGAAGGAGCUGUAAAAUCCACCCUCAGUGAGCACGUUACAUGGCCUUUGAAGGAACCACUGCAUUAAAAAUCGGUUGCCUUUUGAUUGAAGCUUUCCUGUUGAAUGAGAAAGCAUGCGGUUCUGUCAUUUGUUUAAAGCCUGAAAUAGUUAAUGUUUGUUUUCUCUUUUAAUCGUCUGUUUUGCUACUGUUAUAAACAGUGUACAGUCAGACCAGAUAAAACUCUGUAUGCUUUCUCUAGGAAGUCAUUUUGUGGAAGCAACCAAGCCUCUGUUCUGUGAUUGCUCAACAAACCCUUUCUUUGGAAGAUGAGUUUGAGAAUCAUAGGCACUUGGUACUGUUCGUGUGUGUGGGAGUUCUCUCGUCACUACAGUAUUACUCGUAGAAGUGUAGGCUUGGCUGCUUAAUGUCAGUUUUUUCACUAGUCCUCUGGAAGCUGUGUGUCAGCGUGUCCGAUUAUUUAUUUUAUAACAUCCAUUGUGUUAACAGUAAUCAAGAAAACCUUAGGAAUUUUCCUCUCAACAAGAAAUAAUAGAUUAUUAAGAGAGCUGAUUCUGAUUAAUACUCUUCAUUCUAUUUCCAGGGAAGGUAUAUGUGGCUAUGUCUCAAGCCACGUAGUAGGGUUAAAACUGAAAAAGCUGGUCAGUUCUUCAGAUACACUGGAAACUUUUUAAUGCUGAUGUUGAGGCCAUGACUAACAUCCACUUUGUAAGAUGAGUGUAUAUAAGCAAAAUUCCUCUGCCUAUAUUUUAUUCAAGAAACACGGUUGACUGAUACUACAUUGGAAAUCAUGUAUCAGUGAGUCAUAUCUUUAUAGAUUUCUAAAUCUAAAUGUUUGGUGUGGGGUAAAUUCAGCAUGAAAAUAUUCCGAUGAAUCUGCACUUUUAUCAUAUCUUAGUUACUGUGUAAACUCAUCUGAAAUGUUACAAAAAUAAACUAUAAAAUAAAAGUUUGAAAAUGAAAUAGCAUUUGAUAA